CCCCCCCCAACGCCCCUGCCCCCCCCCCCCCCGGUCGAUGGCACGCGGCGUGGGAGCCGAUUCAACCUGGCAGGCGAACGCCGUGAUGGGAGAGGAGUCCACAUCCAGUGUCUCUCCCCAGAACCUGCCGUCGAUCUGCAGCCCGGACGAGGACCUGACCCGGCACAUCGAGAACCUGAUCGCGAUCGAGCUGGGCGCCUGCUGCCUGUCCGACCUGGAGAACUCCGUCGACUUCUCCGACCCGAGCCUGGGAGUCGAGGACUAUCCUUCCGCCGGGGCGACCGAAAAAUCUCCCGCCGUCGUCACGGAUGACUUGUCGCAACUCUCUCGCCCCGCCGAUGCUCCCGGCUUGCCCGGGGAAAGCGCGGGCGGCAAACCGAACAGCGACGUGGCUCCUACGACCACGUGGCUCGCUGCGAGCCUGCUGGACCCGGCUUCCUCCUCGGCGGGCUGCUUUCCCGAGAAGGGAAUCAUCCCGGGUCUGACCGGCCACUUAAUAAACUUUGCGGAGCAGAGCGGAGGGGGGUUUCCUGCGGGGCAGAGGGCCGCGCCCCCCCACCGCGAGGCGGUGGGCUUCCCCUCCUGGCACGCCAGCGUGCUGGAGCUGUAUUCGGACGUCAGCAGCUGCUCGGGGGACGAAGAAGAGGGCGUAGCGGCCGGGCGAGACGGGAGUCUGACGAGGGAGGGGUGGGAUUCCAGCCCCCCUUCCCUGGAAGACGCCGGAGGAGGAGGAGGAGGAAGAACUGGGGGCGACUCGCCGGCUUUUGACGCCGAUAACGAGGAGGAGUCUGACGGCAGCAGCUCUCCGGAGAAUCCCGCCACUCCUCGCGUGGCCGACGAAGCGCCCGCGGACAGAGGCGGCUUUCCGCGCCAAAAAAACGACGCAGUGAAACAGCAGGACUCGGAGAGCUCCCCGGACAACGAGGUUCUCCCAGAAGGGGGUUCGUCCUCCGAGCGCAGAGACAGCUUAUCGGAGCCGCGGCAGAACGAAAGUGCCCAGGAUCCCGAUCGUCACGCAGGGGGCGGUUUACUGAAAGAGUGUUCGAACGUUGGCAGCCCUUUGGAGGAUGUAGCUGAACCGUCCGGUCCCUAUAACAUAGACGGUGUUUGGGACAAUCAAACACAACAGAUACAGAUCCCUGUCUCCAGUCACGUCGCCAACUCCUCAGAGACAGAAACAGAAAAAGCAACAGCCAGCAGCCCAGGGGAGACUCCCAUCCAGGGUACUCAAGGACUCCAGGAAGCUGAAUCGUCUGCUCCCUGUAAUAUAGACGGUGUUGGGGACAAUCUAACACAACAGAUACAGAUCCCUGUCUCCAAUCAUGUCGCCAACUCCUCAGAGACAGAAACAGAAAAAGCAACAGCCAGCAGUCCAGGGGAGACUCCCAUCCAGGGUACUCAAGGACUCCAGGAAGCUGAAUCGUCUGCUCCCUGUAAUAUAGACGGUGUUGGGGACAAUCUAACACAACAGAUACAGAUCCCUGUCUCCAAUCAUGUCGCCAACUCCUCAGAGACAGAAACAGAAAAAGCAACAGCCAGCAGUCCAGGGGACGGUCCCAUCCAGGGUACUCAAGGACUCCAGGAAGCUGAAUCGUCUGCUCCCUGUAAUAUAGACGGUGAUGGGGACAAUCUAACACAACAGAUACAGAUCCCUGUCUCCAAUCAUGUCGCCAACUCCUCAGAGACAGAAACAGAAAAAGCAACAGCCAGCAGUCCAGGGGAGACUCCCAUCCAGGGUACUCAAGGACUCCAGGAAGCUGAAUCGUCUGCUCCCUGUAAUAUAGACGGUGUUGGGGACAAUCUAACACAACAGAUACAGAUCCCUGUCUCCAAUCAUGUCGCCAACUCCUCAGAGACAGAAACAGAAAAAGCAACAGCCAGCAGUCCAGGGGACGGUCCCAUCCAGGGUACUCAAGGACUCCAGGAAGCUGAAUCGUCUGCUCCCUGUAAUAUAGACGGUGAUGGGGACAAUCUAACACAACAGAUACAGAUCCCUGUCUCCAAUCAUGUUGCCAACUCCUCAGAGACAGAAACAGAAAAAGCAACAGCCAGCAGUCCAGGGGAGACUCCCAUCCAGGGUACUCAAGGACUCCAGGAAGCUGAAUCGAACGCAAGCAAGUUGUCGGACAAGCCAACUGCACGCGCAGAAAACUCACCAGUUCCAAAUCUGCACAGCUCACCCAUGCGUGAAGGGACUGCAACCCCAGAUGAUGUAGGAUUCCUAGCUGCUGCUGCUACUACUACUACAGCAGAGCUUCCUGGACGCUACUCGGAUGUGAGCAGCUGUUCAGAGGACGAGAUGGGCAGCCCAACCCACUGUGACGAGAUGGGAAGCCCAACCCAGCAGCACGGAGGAAGCCCGGACAGGGAAUCGGACUCGGGACCCCGUAUCGGAGAAGGUCCAGCAGCCUCGAACGCAGAAGAUCCAGUUCCGGGCUACGGACCACCGGCUGGGGGAUGGAAUGCACCCGGCUCUCCAGAACGCGAGGCUGCGUCCGACUCCGACGCGGAUCUUGGCGCAACGACCCGGCGUGCCGAAAGUUUACCGGAUCAGGAAUCGGAGGAGCCGGAGCUUGAGGAAAGCUUGGAGGAGACAAGCGAGUCGCAGGAGCCGAAAGAGACGGAAGACUGGAAUGCCGGUCCGCUGGAGGGGGAGCCCGAGCGGGAAUCGGAGGACGAGGUGGAUGAGGACGAGAACUCUGCAGCCGGCGUGACGUCUGAAGAGGAGGUGGAGGAGGAUGAGGAGGAGGCAGAAAGCUGGAGAGGCUCAGAGGGGAAAGUCGGUGGUUCUCAAUACAUGGACCUGGCUUCCUCCCUGAGCAUGGGGAGGAUUCUCUUCCCCGUCGUCGCGCUGAAAAGACCCCGCGGCCCCGGCGCCCCGGAAUCCUACGACUGCGAUGCGUGCGGGGAGAGUUUCGACGACGCGGAGGCCGUCAUCGCACACCACCACGGAGCCCACACCGAGCAGCGGCUGUACAACUGCCGGGAGUGCGCCGGCUUCUUCACCAGCAAGAGCUUCGUGGAGCGUCACCGGUGCGGGGAACCACCAGACUCCGGACCGCCGCCCGGCUUCUCCUCCGGCAGGACGUCCCACAGCACCAGAGAGCACCUGAGCAAGUGCCGCACGGCGGACGGACGCUACAAAUGCAGCCACUGCAGCAAGGUUUUCGUGAAGACCUACGACCUGUACAGCCACGAGCGCAAGCACACGGGGACCACGCCUUUCCGCUGCCAGGACUGCGGACGCUAUUUCUCCCAGGGCCCCAAUCUCAAACGGCACAUCGAGACCGCCAGAGCAGGAGGGUGGAGGACCGGGUGCGUCCCAAAAAACGGGGUGAAGAAACCGGACGAGGAGCUCGUGAAAAAAAGAAGGCCGGGCCCCAGGUCUUUCCAGGAGUCGCAGCGGAGGAGGCGGCUCCUCGUGGAGACGGCGGCGAAGGGCGACCUCUCCGAGAAGUACUCCCGCUGCUACGUCAGGCUGGUCGAUUUCAGGAAGCGGAAGGAUCGCAGCAAUCCGCAGCAGCAGGGAAGCUGCCCGCUGGCCGGGAAGGGUCCGUACGAGUGCACGGAGUGCGGGCUGAUCUUUCGGAUGAGGAACUCCCUGCUCGCGCACAGCCUGGUCCACGGGGACAAGCCUCCCUUCAGAUGCUUCGCCUGCGUCAAGACGUUCGAGACGUCGUCCAACAGGGCGCGGCACGUCGCCAUGAACUGCCGGGCCGGGGAGGGGAAGCAGGGGCAGCUGCUGGCGAAGAUCAAGCAGGUCCGGGAGGCCAACGCCGAACUGGGUCCCUACAGGUGUCCCAGAUGCCCCAUGGUUUUCAAAUACUCCUUCAACCGGGUCAGGCACAUGCGGCACCAGUGCCCCUACUCCUUGGCCAACAAGGCGGAGCUGGUGGUGCCCAACCCUAACGGCGCGGGCGACCUGUAUAAGUGCGCGCUGUGCCCCCAGCUCUUCACGCACCCCUCGAACAGAAACCGGCACAUGCGCCUCAGCUGCAAGAACGCUCGCCGGAAGCGGGACAGGCUGAAAUCCGGGGCUCAGAAAUCCGCCGCCGCGGCGGUGGUGGUGGCGGCGGCUGCGGAACGCAUGAGGAGAACGAAACCGCAGGACAGCUCCGCCUUCCGCACCUCCGGGGACCCCGCCCAGCCGUACGCCUGCGAGUUCUGCGGGAAAAAGUUCCGGACGGGUCAGGAGUGCCGGGUGCACCGGCGCAUACACACCGGGGAGCGGCCCUACCGCUGCUCCUUCUGCGGGCUCCGGUUCAUCCAGUCGGGCCACCUGAGGGGCCACCUGCGCGUCCACGGCAAGAGGUACCAGUGCGACAAGUGCAAGAAGGUGUGCGACACGCUCGGGGAGCUGUUCAAACACAAGAAGGUGCACAGGAAACUGGGACCCCAGGGGGACAAGGCGGAGACGACGGCGGGGGGUGAGGGGGGCCCCGACGGGGGACAAGGCGAGGACAGGCUGUACGAGUGCGAGACGUGCAAGAAGAGCUUCUCCCUGGCCAGCCACCUGCAGCGCCACUCGCGGUCCCACGCGGGGCAGACCGCGUUCAAGUGCUCGGAGUGCGGCCUGGUUUUCGGCAGCGCGCGAUCGCUGAAGAUGCACUGGCACAAGCACCGCUCCUUCAACCUGACGUGCAGGUUCUGCAGCAAAGCGUUCAGCCAGAGAGGGAGCCUGAUCCGGCACGUCCGCAUCCACACGGGCGAGAAGCCGUUCCCUUGCCGCCAGUGCGGGGAGUUUUUCCAGCGCUGGGACUCCCGUAAAGUGCACCAGCUUAAAUGCACGGGCAGCAAGGAGGCAGCAGCGGCGGCGUCGCCAAGCAAGACCGACGCCGAGAAAAAGGCGGCGACGGUGAAUGGGAAGGAGGAGGGCGGCAGUGCGGAUCGGAAGCCAGCGGUAACGAGGGAUAACAAAUGCAAGAUCUGCCUGAGGAGCUACAGCAGCUUCCACAGCCUCAGCCGGCACCUCAACACCCACUCCGCCGUCAACCGAUUCUACUGCAGCAAGUGCAGCAAGGGCUUCUACCGGAAAGACCACCACCUGAUCCACGAGCUGGGGUGCAACGGGGUCCCGAGGAAGCCCCGGGGCUCCCUGAAACCCUUCAAGUGCACCAUCUGCAAGACGAGCUUGAGCCGGGGCGACUACCUGAAGUGUCACAUGAAGAAGUGCGCCGCCCGACGGCUCCUCGGGGGCGGGGGGAAGCGGGGGGGCGACUCCGGUGCGUCUGGGGGCGGGCCUUCGGGAGAUCAGCCUUCCCCGUCCCAGAAAAGCACGACGACAGGCGGUGGAGAUAACGGGCUGCCGCCUCUUCUCCGCGUGAAGAAAGAACCGGUGGAAGGAGGCGAAGGUCCCGGUCAGGUCGUCAAGCAUCGGCAACACAAGUGCCCGCACUGCCGCGUCGCCACGAUGAGCCGGCAGAGUUUGGUCAAACACAUGCGCUUGCACACCGGGUUGAGUCCGUUUCACUGCAGCCGGUGUGGGAAGGGCUACAACCGCAAAGACAGGUGGCGUCUCCACGAGAGUUACUGCAACGGUCAAGGCGGCGCUGCUGCGGCUGCUCCUGCGAGGAAGGAACGGAAAAGAAGUAAAGACGGGCGCUUCGAGAAGCAGACGGACAGAGAGACGCCGGCUGGGCAGUACCGAUGCAAGUUCUGCACCAAGAGCUUCCCGGGAUCGAAAGGGCUGCGCCGGCACAUCCUGACCCACACGGACGCCAAGCCGUACCGCUGCGAGAAGUGCGAGAGCUGCUUCUCCCGCUACGACUACCUCAAAGUGCACCUGGUGAGGUGCCGGGGCGAGAGGAGGUGGGCGAGGGCGGUGGAACGCGGGGCCAGGGUCCCGCAGGAACCCGCCGACAGAACCCCGGAGGAGGAGGAGGAGGCGGCGAAACCAAAUCCCGGCGAUGACCGCCUGCGGAAGAAAGCCCCGGAGGUCAGCGCCGGCAACGAGGACGGCAAGCCGGUGCGGUGCACCUACUGCCGUAGGACUUUCGACAGGAGGUCGGAUUUGGGGAGGCACGUCGCCAUGAUGCACUUGACCAGCAAGCCCUUCAAGUGCGCGUGGUGCGGACAUACCUUCACCCAGAAGAAAGGCCUCCGGUUCCAUCAGAAGACGUGCAAGGCCGUCAAGUCCGUCGCCUCCGCCGCCGCUGGCGACAGGAACGUAAACCCGAAACGCAUCGGACUGCGCUCGGCGCCGCAGGAACCCGGGAAAGCGGGCCCGGACUCCCGCGGGACGAAAGCCGCCCCGCAGGGGACUGGGGGAGGGGUCGGAGUCGGCAACACUUGCCGGGAGACCUCCAAGCUCCUGCAGAGGAUCCAGACGCACUACGCCAGUCAGUACGAGUGCCAGUUCUGCGCCAAGAGGUGCAUGAGCAAAAUGAUUCUGAUCCGACACCUGCGGACUCACACCGGGGAGAAGCCUUUCGGGUGCAGCCGCUGCGGCGAGCACUUCAUCCGGAAGGACUAUCUGAAAAACCACCUGACGAAAUGCAGCUCCCGCCGGGCGGCCGUGGAGCGGCUAGAGGGAGCCGGGUCCCGGGAGUCUGCGCUCUGCGAUAAGUGCGGAGAGUUCUUCACCUCCCAGAGCAGCCUAAAAGCCCAUCAGAAGAGCUGCGUCGUGCUGCUGAAGCCUCCGGAGAGCGCGAGCAAAACCGCCUCCGCCGCCGCGGAAAACCAGCAGGUCUUCAUCUGCGUGGAGUGCGGGGAAGGGUUUCUGAGUUUCAUCGAACUCCGGAGCCACCUGCAAACCGAGCACUGGAAAGUGAACCACGUCCAGUCCGACCAGCCAGCGCAGGCGAGCGAGCGUCAGGCGAAGGUUAACGGGCUGCUCCCCCGCGGCGUGAGCGUCAAGCAAGAGCCCGAGGACGACGGGUACGAACUGCCGACGAAGAGCGCCGAAAACGCUCCCGUCCCGCUCCCCGCUCCCGUUCUCUCUCCUUCCUUGAAGCCGAAUAAGAAGGCGUUGGCGGCGACGAACACCACCUGCCCGUACUGCUUCAUGAAGUUCAGCCAGAACGGGGCCCUGGUCACCCACAUGAGAAUGCACACGGGCGAGAAGCCGUUCGUGUGCGCGUGCUCAGCGGCGUUCCACCGCAAGGACUACCUGCUGAAGCACGCCAAGGUCUGCAAGGAGGCGAGGCCGUUCCGGUGCGAGAACUGCCACCAGGACUUCAGCCGGCCGGACUUGCUCAAGAGACACUUGAGGAGAUGCGCCUCCCCCGUUCCCAAGGGAGGGGCCCCCGGGCCCGAGGGGGGACCGGUGAAGGUGAAGGAGGAGCCACAGAACGAGGGGGACUGGCUGAAGAUCUACUCCAAAAACACGGUGCUGGUGAUCAACAGCGGCCCCAAAGCCACCGGCACCGGAGUCCUGCAGACGCGAUUCUCCUGCAAAGUCGGGGAGCAGCGAAACGGUGGGACAGAGGCCCCUGCACCUUCCUCCUCCUCCUCCUCCUCCUCCUCCUCCUCCCCCCCUGCAGAACAACGGCACUCCCCGCGCCGGGCGGAGAAGCGCUACAGGCUCGAUCUGGCGAGCCCAUCGGAGACGCCGAAAAAGAAGCUGGAGUGCAACCUGUGCGGCGAGAGCUUCGACUUGCACAAGCAGCUCCAGAAACACAAGCGCAAGCACUCGGGGCUCGGCCCUUACAAGUGCGCACAGUGCCCCCGGACCUUCCACUACCCCUCCGACUUGAAGCGCCACACCCACAUCAGGGGCCUCGGCGGCAGCAGCAGCAGCCCCAGCAAGAGACCCAACAAGGACCCCGCCGAGACGGUGACCCACACCUGCAUCUUCUGCGAGAAGCAGUUCGCCAAUCGGAAGCUGCUGGUCAGGCACCGGGAGGUCCACCGGUACCAGACCCGGUUCCGGUGCACCCGUUGCGACAAGAGCUUCACCGUCCGGAAAUCUUACCUGCAGCACCGACGCAAACACCUGGCCGAGGAGGAGGAGGAAGAAGAGAGAGGCAAAGGCAAGAGCCGUUCCUACGAAGACGAUUCGGAUUCCGAGCCUUGCCUCCCGUGCCACGUCUGCGGGAAGAGCUUUGCCUCCGUGGCGGCGUUGGAGGAGCACCAGCGCAGCCACCUGGGCAAGAAGCCCCACGAGUGCGGGCAGUGCGGGCAGAGCUUCCUCCAGGAGUCCCAGCUGCGGCAGCACCAGCGCGGCCACGAGAGCCCGUUCCAGUGCGGCCCCUGCGGGCGGGGGCUCCCGUCUCUGCUGGCGCUCCGCAAGCACCAGAGAACCCACAACGCGCAGCGGCCCUUCCCCUGUCCGCAGUGCCCCCAGCGCUUCAGGUACCAGUCCCACCUGCGCGACCACCUGGAGACGCACUCGGGGGAGCCCUUUCCCUGCGACCUGUGCGGCAGGACAUUCGCCUGGAAGAGCACACGGGACACGCACAGAAAGACGCACGCCCUCCAGGAGACCGCGACUGACCAACCAGAAAGUGCAGCCCCGCUCUGGCCGUCUCCACCACCACCACCACCACCCCCGCCGUCAGCCAUUGUCCCCCCUCCCCCUUCUCCUCCUCCUCCUCCUCCUCCUCCAUCAUCUAAAGACAGACCGGCCCGAGGCAUGGGGGGGCUCCAGAGGGAGCUGGCACAGCUGCAGCAGCCCGGAGGAGGAGGGGAGGAGUGGAGGUUCUCCUGUCAGAUCUGCGGCAAGGGUUUCCAGUACCGGAGCAAGCUGGCUGAGCACCAGAGGCACCACGACACGGAGCGGCCCUUCUCCUCCAGGGAAUCCCAGCUGAGCCACGCGCCGAAGAACCCGGAGAAGAAAAAGCAGGAGGAGGAGGAGGAGGAGAAGCCGUACCAGUGCCACACCUGCGACAAACGCUUCCAGCGCAAGAGCAACCUCACGGUGCACCAGAAGAGCCACGUGGGGCCCACGCUGUACGAGUGCACGGAGUGCGGCCGCGGCUUCCAGGGGAUGGGGGCCUUCAAGAAGCACCGGUGCGUCCGCAAGAAGAAGAGGGACUCCUCUCGCCGGCAGCAGCAGCAGCAGCAGCAGUCGGCCGGGGUCCAGCCGGGAUCGGACUCUGACGAGGAGGGGUUUUCCUCCCGGUUCCCCUGCCACGUCUGCGGAAAAAGCUUCUCGACGUUCCGGAAGCUGGAGGAGCACCAGCGGUACCACACCGGGGAGCGGCCCUUCGAGUGCCAGGAGUGCGGCAAGCGGUUCUACCAGGCGGGGCACCUGAGCAAGCACCGGAAGACCCACGGGCGGCAGCACCAGUGCGAGCAGUGCCCCCGCAGCUUCAGCACCCUGCAGGCCUACCUGCAGCACCAGGGCCUCCACAGCGGCGAGCCGCGCCGCCCCCGGCGCCACCGCCACCAGUGCCAGCUCUGCCUCAAGUGGUUCGUGACGCCCUCCGACCUGGCGCGCCACGAGAGGACCCACGCCCCGAAGGGCCAGCCGGUGUUCCAGUGCGACGUGUGCUGGAUGACCUUCGCGCAGGCGGCGCAACUGAGGGCGCACCGCGAGAGCCACGUGGGCGAGGUGGUGUACGAGUGCCCGGACUGCGAUAUGGUGUUCGUCUCCUUCCAGCUGCUGGAGCAGCACCAGAGCGUGCAUCAGGAGGGGGGCGGGUCAGCCCCGAGCCUGAACGGGAGCUUACCGGACCCCCAGAACCUCCGUGCGUCUGACUGUCUCGCCGCGGACUACGGCCACGGUGGAGGGGCUGUUAUGAUGGCGCAGAUUUGAUAAACGAUAUUUUUCUUCCGAACUAUGAAACACAAAAAAAUAACUCCCGUUCCUGUGUUGGUGUCCGCUCCUCUCUGUUUUUUUUAAUGAUCUAAACUGCGGCGGAUCUUAAUACCGCCACCCUCGGAGAUGGGGUCUACCCAUGAUCUUCAUUGCACUUUGUUUAAUUUUUUCCCCAAAAGUACUGUUGCUAAGAAGCUGGUCUGCAGAGCCCCCCCUGGAGACUGCAGCUGUAUUCAUACAGAACUGAAGAGAGACUGUAUAGAGAUGGGAUUAUAUCAUUUAAAUAAAGGGGGGGCGGGGGGCAGGGGGGGGGGCACACACUAAUAAAUAGCGGCCGCAUGUGGGGGAGAGAAGGAUGCGCUGUUGUGAAAUGGUGGAGCGGGGGGUGGAAGGGACUUUUUGGGUUAGAAGUAGCCAGCAGUUGAAUUUGAAACACACUUUUUUUUUUUUUAACAUUUGUGAUAUUUUUAUUAUUUUUCCUGGGAGUGAAAGUAUUUGUUACAGUCGGGGAGGGGAGG